AUGGCCGAGCACGACGAGCCCGCUCCCGCUCCCGCCCCUGAGGCCACCGCCGCCCUCGCCGACGGCAGGUCCCCGCCGUCCAAGCGCGGCGACGCCCGCUCUCCCCAGCAUGAUGCGCAACCUCCCAAGGAGAGGUCCUCGAAAUCCAGAGACAGGGGCGGCAGGGACCGCGACGAGGACAGGGAGCGCCACAGGCGCCGCGGGGCGGAUGGGGAGAGGCACCUGGACAGGGAGAGUGGCCGCGACCGCGGCGACCGGAGCCGGGACCGCGAUCGCCACCAUCGCGAGCACCGUGAGAGGAGCGAAAGAAGGGAGCACCGUGACCGUUCCGAUGACCGUGGCUAUCGCCGGGGCGGUGACCGCUAUGCUGACAGAGGGGACCGCGAUAGAGAUGGCCACAGGAGGCAUCGCUCCAGCUCCCGCUCCCGUCAGGAGAGUCAGAGCAAGCGAGCGAGUGGAUUUGACCAGGGACCAUCAGAAGCCGUUCCUAUGGCUGCUCUACCCGCAGUUCCAGCUCCUAUUGCUGGGAUGCUUCCCAAUAUGCAGAACAUGCUUCCAAACUUGUUCAAUUUACCCAACCUUGGGCAGGCACAACCCAUGACACAACAGGCUACUCGGCAUGCUCGGCGUGUUUAUGUUGGUGGACUUUCUCCAAGCGCUAAUGAACAGACAGUUGCUGUAUUCUUUAAUCAAGUCAUGGCUGCUAUCGGAGGAAACACAGUUGGAAUUGGUGAUGCAGUUGUUAAUGUAUACAUAAACCAUGACAAGAAAUUCGCUUUCGUUGAGAUGAGGUCUGUGGAGGAAGCAAGCAAUGCAAUGGCCUUGGAUGGUAUAGUGUUUGAUGGUGCACCGGUGAAGGUUAGGAGGCCAACAGACUACAAUCCUUCACAGGCAGCUCUGUUAGGUCCAAGCCAGCCGAACCCCAAUCUCAAUCUUGCUGCUGUUGGUUUGACCCCUGGCUUGGGUGGAGGUAUAGAAGGUCCUGACCGCAUUUUCGUGGGAGGUCUGCCCUAUUACUUCACAGAGGAUCAAGUGCGGGAGUUGCUUGAAACUUUCGGACCUCUUCGUGGAUUUGAUAUUGUCAAGGAUAAGGAAACUGGCAACUCAAAGGGCUAUGCCUUCUGUUUGUACCAGGAUGUGUCUGUCACUGACAUUGCCUGUGCUGCCCUUAACGGUAUCAAGCUGGGAGAAAGGACUCUCACAGUACGCCGAGCAAACCAAGGAUCGGAGCCUAGGCCAGAGCAAGAAAACGUCCUCCUGCAGGCACAGCAAGAGGCACAAAUGAAGAGACUUGUGUAUGAAGUUGGAGCCCUACCGACAAAGGUGGUGUGCCUGACCCACGUGAUCUCACCAGAUGACCUGAGAGACGACGAGGAAUACAGUGACAUACUGGAAGACAUGACGCUAGAAGCACGCAAAUACGGUAACCUGGUGCAAGCUGUGAUCCCACGACCCCAUCCCAGCGGUGAUCCCGUUCCUGGUGUUGGCAAGGUUUUCUUGGAGUAUGCAGAUGUGGAGAGCUCAGCACGAGCGAAGGCGGGGAUGCACGGGAGGAGGUUCGACGGGAAGGAUACGGUUGCUGUGUUCUUCCCCGAGAAUAAGUUUGCUGAUGGGGACUACGACGCGUAGAUGAAAAUUUCCUCUGCUAUUUGUUUUUUAAGAUUUUGAAUACUUUUAGCGGCCUGUCUUCCUGAAAUGUACUUGGUGCGUGUUAUAAUAGUACUAACUCCUAUCCGAUUUAAUUGAUGUGGGACUAUAGCACUGCUCUUUUCCGCGUCAAAUUUUCCUGAUCGGAGGGAGUAGUUCAUACAGAAUUGCAUAUUGGUGCUGGUAUGAUGAGAAAAGAGCAGCAUGUAAUGUCGAUC